AUGGCUGAACUCUACCCUUCAUUGGCACAAUGCGCCAUCGUUGCAGCUGCCUUCAAGGUGCUACUCUUCCCCGCAUACAAAUCAACCGAUUUUGAGGUCCAUCGCAAUUGGCUCGCUAUCACCCAUUCGCUACCAAUUCAAGAAUGGUACUAUGAAAAAUCCUCGGAAUGGACGCUCGAUUACCCACCGUUCUUCGCAGCCUUCGAAUGGCUUUUGUCGCAGGGUGCUGCAUACGUGGACCCUGCGAUGUUGCUUGUGAGGAACCUCGGCUAUGACUCCUGGCAGACUGUUUACUUCCAAAGAACAACUGUGAUUUUGACAGAGUUGGUUCUUGUCUAUGCGCUUAGUCGAUUUGUCAAGUCCGCUCCUUUGCCAAAUAAGCAGGCUGCGCACGUGGCCAGCCUUUCGAUCCUGCUAUCCCCCGGUCUCCUCAUCAUUGAUCAUAUCCACUUCCAAUACAAUGGCUUCAUGUAUGGAAUCCUGGUCCUAUCAAUUGUUCUGGCUCGCAAGCAAUCGACUUUGCUAUACAGCGGUAUCCUGUUCGCGGUGCUGCUAUGCAUGAAGCACAUAUACCUCUACCUCGCUCUCGCCUACUUCGUCUAUCUGCUGCGCACCUAUUGCCUUAGUCUCAAGUCGGUUUUCCGGCCCCGGUUCGGUAACAUUUUCAAACUUGGAGUCAGUGUGGUGGGCGUUUUUGCAGUUGCCUUUGGGCCAUUUGCGCAAUGGGGACAAUUGCUGCAGAUCAAGGACAGGCUGUUUCCGUUUUCGAGAGGGCUGUGUCACGCGUACUGGGCGCCAAAUAUCUGGGCGAUGUACUCAUUCGCUGAUCGAGUAUUGAUCUCCCUUGCUCCACGGCUAGGGCUUGCCGUGAACGCUGAUGCUCUGAACAGCGUCACGCGAGGACUGGUGGGGGAUACCUCUUUUGCCGUCCUUCCGGAGAUUACAAAAGAACACACCUUCAUAUUGACCUUCUUGUUCCAACUGAUUCCUCUUGUCAAAGUAUGGUUUAAUCCAGGCUGUUGGGAUACUUUUGUCGGUGCAGUCACCCUCUGCGGUUAUGCAUCAUUCCUUUUCGGCUGGCAUGUCCAUGAGAAAGCCAUCCUCCUGAUUAUCAUCCCGUUCAGUCUGAUCGCCCUCAAGGACCGUCGAUACUUCAGCGCCUUCCGACCUCUGGCAGUUGCGGGACAUGUCUCACUCUUCCCUCUCUUAUUCACAGCAGCCGAGUUCCCCAUCAAGACUAUCUAUACAGUCAUGUGGUUGGUGCUGUUCCUCUUCGUCUUCGAUCGAGUUGCCCCUGUUCCCGAGCGACCCCGAAUCUUCCUAUUCGACCGGCUUGCGCUGCUUUAUUUGACCAUCUCUAUUCCCUUGAUCAUUUACUGCUCGCUGGGGCACCAACUGAUAUUCGGAUGGGACCGGCUAGAGUUCCUACCAUUGAUGUUCAUGAGUAGCUAUUGUGCCCUCGGGGUAGUCGGAAGCUGGGUUGGGUUCAUGGUGGUUUACUUUACAUCUUAG